GUCAGAAUAAACAAAUCCUGAAAUCGCCCUGUAUAAAUCACUUGCCAGAUGAAGGAGAGUCCUGGGUUUACAAUUUCACUUGUGUCCUAAUGAUGGAAAAUCUCAAGGGAGCAUAAACCGCUCAGGAGUCAGUGGAUGUCGGGGGCAAAAAGCAGAAGAUUAGCAGAAGACCCCAAAAUCCAAGUCCUCAUUGAUUUGUUCACUUUGGCUACAAUAAAUAGCAAGUAAAUAACAAGAGAAAAAAACAGACCAGUAAAUUUCAGGAACUUAGAUGCAGUGUGACUUCUAUUACUCCAUCUUUGUUAAUCAGUAUUCACACUGAAAUGCAAAAGAUUCAAGAGAUUGAGACAGACAGAGAUGGUCUGCCUUGAUUCACCUGCAACUGAACAUCCCAGACAAGCUACCAAUCCUUUGCCUCCUCCCUUUACUGCAAGAUGGCUGGGGAGUCACCAGAGGGUCUGCUUUUCAAAGAUGAGGACUUCUCCUCUGAUCUCUUGAGGCAAUUAAAUGUCUUAAGACAAAAAAGGAUCCUCAUUGAUGUAACUAUAUGCAUUGGGAACUGUGAAGUCCCCUGCCACAGAAAUGUAUUGGCCUCCAGCAGCCCUUACUUUCAGGCGAUGUUCUGCAGCAACUUCAGAGAGAGCGCUCAGGCCAAAGUUGACCUGAAAGGCAUUGAUGCCAAUACUUUAAGUGAGAUUGUCCUGUACGUGUACACUGGGGAGGUUCACAUCACUACGGAGAAUGUCCUGUGCUUGAUGGAAGCUGCAUCCAUGUUGCAGUAUCUCAGGCUUUUUGAAGCCUGUUCAUUGUAUCUUCAGAAGCAGUUGAACCCAAGCAACUGCCUUAGCAUGAUCAGACUCUCUGACACUUUGAGUUGUGAAAGCCUCAAACAAAAAGCCAGAUCAAUGGCCCUAAGGUGUUUCCCAGAAGUAGCCUUAUCAGAAGACUUAAAGGAGUUAUGUCCCUUGGAAUUAAGUGACUACCUGGGAGAUGAUAAGCUCUGUGGUGAGGAAGAAGAAGUAUUUGAAACGUUAAUGGUCUGGAUCAGGCAUGACCUCCAGGCCCGGAAAAAAUAUAUCCAAGAACUAUUCAAGAAAGUCAGGCUCCAAUAUGUCCACCCGACCUUCUUCUUCCAUUUCAUUGUCAACGACUCCCUCCUUCAGUCUUCUCCAGCAUGCCAAGCCAUUCUGGAGGUGGUAAGGAGACAAGUGUUUUCUUUGUAUGGCACUGGCAGCCCAGACCUCAAGCCACUGUGGCAUGUCCCUCGGAGAGAUUCUUAUCGUGACUUCCUCAUCCUCUUGGGAGGUAGAAAGGACAAUCAGCAAACCACUAGGGAAGUUCUGCUAUACCAUGAGAAGACUGGCCAGUGGCGGUGCCUCGCCAAACUCCCAGCUCGUCUUUACAAAUCCUCCGCGGUCACCUUGCACAGUAGUGCCUAUGUGCUGGGGGGCAUGUCUGUUGGGGUAGGGAAGCAGCAAGUCAGUCACAAUGUAUACAUCUUCUCCCUGAAACUCAAUCAGUGGAGGCUGGGGGAACCCAUGCUGGUGGCUCGAUACUCCCACAGAAGUACAGCCUAUAAGAACUACAUCUUCUCCAUUGGAGGAAUUGGAAAAAACCAGGAGAUAAUGAGUUCCAUGGAGAGGUACGACAGUAUCUAUGAUGUCUGGGAGAUCAUGGCCAGCAUGCCUGUAGCUGUCCUUCACCCUGCAGUAGCUGUGAAAGACCAAAGACUCUAUCUUUUUGGAGGAGAAGACAUUAUGCAAAAUCCUGUACGACUCAUACAGGUUUACCAUAUUUCCAGAAAUACAUGGUUCAGAAUGGAGACCAGAAUGAUCAAGAAUGUCUGUGCUCCAGCAGUGGUGCUCAGGAGCCAAAUUAUCAUUGUUGGAGGUUAUACAAGGAGGCUCCUUGCUUAUGACCCUCAAACCAACAAAUUUGUGAAAUGUGCUGACAUGAAAGACAGGAGGAUGCACCAUGGGGCCACAGUGAUUGGGGACAAGCUCUAUGUGACUGGAGGCCGGAGGCUAACCAUGGACAGCAACAUUGAAGACUCAGACUCAUUUGAUUGUUAUGACCCAGAGACGGAUACCUGGACAUCCCAGGGUAGAUUACCACACAAACUCUUUGAUCACGGAUGUCUUACUCUCCAGUGCCUACCUUAUCCUUCUGAAUCUCCCUAAAGAAAGCAAUAGGACUAUAGUUGGGAAGAAAGGAUAAGUAGAUUCAGAGGUGACAAUAGGACCCUUGUAUUAAACAUAUCCAAGCUCACAGCAUGAAAAGGGGCUUUUUUGUGUUCUUCUGAACCUCUCGCCACAUACAUGUGGUCUAUACCUGGAAAGGUCCAGGCAUGACAGAGAGGAUAGAGUGAUAAAUUUGGAGGCUGGAAGACCUGGGUUCAAAUCCCACCUCUGACACAUUAGCUAUGUGGCCAUGAACAAAUCACUUAAUUUCUCAGUGCUCCAGGCAACUCUCUAAAACUAAAAUUCUAGAUGAAUUGCUGAUCUGUGGCAGGAGGGCUAAAGAGGCUAUCAAGAGUUUCCUUUAUUAAUUAAAUCACUCUAUGUACAUAAUAUAUUAAAACUCCAGAGAGGGUGGAGGGCUUGGGAUAUAGUGAAAAGAAGGCUGGACUUAAGAGCUAGAGGGACCUGGGUUUGAAUCCGAAUCUCUGAAACUGAUUAACUGUAUGAUUUUGGGCCAGUCCCUUAACCUCAGUAUGCUAUUCUAUAAAAUGGGGGAAAUAAUACCUAUUGCAUCUCCCUCACUGAGCUCUGCUGAGGAUAAAAUGAGAUCAUGUAUGCAAUGUGUUGUGUAAAACUUUAAGCAUUAUGUAAAAGUUAGCUAUCAUUAUUAGAUUAGAGGAUCUCUAAAAUCCCCUCCAGCUUGAAAUCCUAUGAACCCGGGAAUAACAUUUGCUGGUACCAACUGAUGUUUUCCUCCAGCCUAGCAUGAACUGUAACCUUGUGAUUAAAAUCAGUAUUUUAUUUUGGAAUCACGCUAGGAGAAUUGUUGUUUGUGGGGAACAGAGAGCCAAUAAGUUCUUUAGGAGGUUAACUGACACAGCUAUCUUCCUUAUGCCGAAAAUACUGGCUAUUUCCAGAGUUCCUUUCAUCUUCAUGAGCUUUACAAAUUGGCAAUAUGACUCAGGGUGUGAGUGGGAGAAUAAGCCCAAGGUCUGGAAAUUAUACCUCUCUGACACUCUCAUACUUUGCCUGCUGCAUCCUCGCUUCUCCGUACGAUGCUAAAACAU